AUGGACCCCAUACAGGCUUUCGCUGACCUUAUCGGCACGCCCCGUCCAGCCGCGACUUUCCUUCUAGCUAGCCUCGCGUUCGUCCCGAUCGCGUGGCUUCACAGAUUUAUCUUAUCUCCUACACUCCGCCAUCUGUACUGCACAGUAACGGGACUGCUUCUAUCGGCGUUCGUGUUUGGAUGGACGGCGGACGCGCACUUCUUCAUGUUCUUGCUCUACUCCAUGGCCGUAAUGCGGCUCCACGUCAUCAUGCGCACCCACGAGACCCGCACAGACGGCGUGCUCGACUGCACAGGCGCGCUCACCGUCCUCGCUACAAAGCUCUCCGCUGUUGCGUAUAACUACCAGGACGGGCCCACGCUGCUCGAGGAGAAGGACGAAGGCGCGCAAUCUAAGGACGAGAAGGAGAGGAAGGAAUUAACCGAGGAGCAGAGGCGGCGGAAGGAUCGGAUGGAGCGUUCGCGAUUGGAGCGGCGAAAGGCGGCGCUGGUUACCAUGCCGACGGUGCUGCAGCUGAUGGGGUACCUGUUCUGCUUCGGGCUGCACAUCACAGGCCCGUUCUUUGAGUUCAAGGCGUACCACGACUGGACCCACCGGCAAGGGGUCUGGGCCCCGGGUCUCAAGCAGCCAUACGUCCUCCCGCCCUUCCUCCGCGCGCUCAUCCAGGGCGGCCUCGCAGCGCUCGUCUUCCUGCUCGUGUCCCCCUCGCUCGACCUCACUCAAAUUAGCAACCUACACCAGAACCGCGCGUACCCCUUCCACCUGCGCUGGCUCUUUGCGUACCACGCUGGCAUCGUGUGGCGCCUCCGCGCGUACAUCCUCUGGAGCAUCACCGAGGCCGCCAUGAUCACCGCCGGGCUGGGCUUCAGCGGCUGGGACAACCCCACGGGGGACGCUGGGAAGGGCGGGGACGUGAAGUUGAAUGGGUGGAACGUGAAGUUGAAUGGGGGGGAAUCAGAGGGGCCAAAGGUCAAUGGGAAGUGCGGUGGUGAUGGGGAUGUGGGGAAGCAGGAGGGUGAUAAGGCGUGUGCGGCGCCUGCAGGGGAGCGGAAGGCACUGUGGAGCCGGGCUCGGAAUGUGGACAUCCUGAGGGUUGAGUUCCCCAGGAGCUGCCUUGACUUCGCCACCACGUGGAACAUCUCCUAUGGGCUCUGGCUCAGACUCUACGUGUACGAGCGCAUGGUGCCACCUGGCAGGAAGCCCACCUUCUUCCAUAUGCUCGCCACCAUGCUCGUCAGCGCCGUCUCCCAUGGCUUGAAUUGGGGUGACUUCAUCUUCUUCGCCAAUUGGGCGCUUGUUGUUGCCAGCUCUAAAGCCAUCUACCAGCUCACUGCAGGGAUCCCCAGGGCCACCAUCACCCACCGCAUUGUGGCACUUCUUCAUACCCUCUAUAGCAUCUUCGUAUGCAACUACAUGGCCAGUGCCUUCUGCGUGAUGACUCUAUCGGGUGCAUACUCAGCCUAUAGUGGCAUGUACUAUUGUGGCACUGUCACCCCGAUUCUCCUGAUUUUCUUGUCACUGGUGUACAAGCCUCGCCGCCCAAAGACUGUCAAGACAGAGUAG